AUGAUUACAUACGAGCAAGAUCCUGAUGUCCUCCGCUGGGGGCUCCAGCUGUUUGAAGGCGACCCGUAUUUGAAUUGCGGCUAUUCGUGCUCCAUACCGCAACACAAUACGGAUUGCUAUACGGGUCGCUACCUAAAAGGAUACCAAUACAAUAUGGAUAGCAACUAUCAACUACAAAAUGAUCUUAGUGCAGACAAUCUUCACGAGGAGCUGUCUCGACUUUCAGUAGUCGAGCCAAUCAAAUCCUUCCAGGAGGAGGCUGUUGAAAGCCAACCGACCCCGUUUUGUCCUCAAGAUUGGUUUUCUCAGUCGUUGGGAAACAACACUUAUGAAAUUGACGAUGCGAAUGUGAACGAGAAUGAAGAAGUAAAUGAGUUGGGGGUUGCGGGUUCAUGUUCGAGCCCGGGAGAUGAAAUGUAUCCUGAAGAGGAUUGGUCAUAUUUGCUUGACUUAAUGGACGAGUAUGCUUUUAAUGGCGAAGUGGGUAAAAGGUUGAACCAGAUGGUUCCAAUUCCACAUAUUCCGAAAAUUAAUGGCGAUAUACCCUCCAUAGAUGAUGCAACAUUAGAUUAUCAAAGGCUUCGGGACAGAUUACAGAUGUAUGAGUUGGUAGAAUUCAAAGUUCUCGGAGAUGGUAACUGCCAGUUUCGAGCUCUGUCAGACCAAUUUUAUCGUACUCCUGAGCAUCACAAAUUCGUCCGUCAGCAGAUUGUGAAACAGCUUAGGUCUUACCCAGAGAUAUACGAGGGAUACGUACCCAUGGCUUACGACCAUUAUCUGUCGAACAUGUCCAAGAACGGAGAGUGGGGAGAUCAUGUCACUCUGCAAGCUGCUGCAGAUUGUUAUGGUAUGAAAGUAUUCGUCAUAACAUCGUUUAAGGAUACUUGUUAUAUUGAGAUUCUUCCACACGUUCAAAAAUCUGAACGAGUUAUUUUCUUGAGUUUCUGGGCAGAGGUUCAUUACAACUCAAUAUAUCCUCAAGGAGAUUGCCCCGCAGCUCGGACCACAAACAAGAAGAAGUGGGGGCAGGCUGCUGCUCAACAUGAAGAACAUAUGGAAUUAACCGAUGAUUUUGAUUAA